UCAAUCGAAUAAAUCGAUAAUUAUUAUUAAAUCGAAUAAAUCGAUAAAGUAUCGAAAAACGCCAAACAAUAAUUCCGGCGUGGUGUGUCGCAUAAUAUAAAAAGUUUAGCGCGGAAGUGCCAGGAGCGUGCAAGACGCAAAUAAAUCUAAUUAGCGUUGCUAAGGAAAUCGGAUUUAUUUUGUAAUACAGAUAUAUUUAUUGUCGGACGUAAAAUAUAGCGUUACAAGUAUCUCAUUGCUAAAAAGGAUCGAAGAAAUCUCAAGGAAGGUUAACCGAGUCUCGAUGUAGCGAUCGUAAACGGAUUCGCGAUGACACUAAUGACAGUUCCUUCGGAUAUUGCGCGUUGCAUAUGUAUGUGAUCGACGAAUCUCUCACCGAAACGUUUCCACCUUUAUAUCUUCGUAAUAAUAUUAAAAGGAAUAAUAGAAUCGACCGAUCGAUUCAAAUUGUUGAAAACAUCAUCGACGGAAAAAUACUCUAUAAAUUUUCCUACAUUCGUUCGUCAUAUCGCGUUCUUUAUCAUGUUCCUCUCUGACGUAAAAAAUGUUCCAAUUUUUUAAGAAAUCUGGGCAACGAGACAGGCCCAGAUCAUUGCAUGCUUCUCCUACAAAAUCAACAAAAUUAGAAAAGACAUUUGGAGAUGAAUUUGGUGAUAGUGCGUCGAUCUAUGUACCGUCAAGUAUAUUGUGCAGCCUUGAGGAGGAAGAGGAAGAUGAAAUUCUUAAGGAAGAAAAAGACAAUAAGCGACCAUUUAGGUCUCAACUUUCUAAAACGCUUCCAGAGAUUCUUGCAGAUAAGGGUGCCCUAGGUUACUUUAUCCAAUUUAUGGAUACAAGAAAUUCAAUAUCUCUUAUAAAAUUUUGGUUAGAAGUUGAAUGUUUAUGUGGAUCGUUUCCUGAUUUCCAUCUUGAAGAUGAAAACGUAGAGAAUUUGAAUUUCAAGAAUGAUCAUACUGUGGAGUCCGAUAGUUUCUCAAAUUCAGUGGAUGAUAAUGAUAACUUUAAUUGCAAUGUACUGCAGGGUAAUAUUGAAAAUCGUAAUAGAGAAAAGGGACUGUACAAUGAAAUUGUAAAUAGUAAUGAUGUAAAAUCAAAUUGUAAUGACAUGCCAAAGAUUAGUGAGAUGCUAAGUGGUAUGCGACAAUCAAAUCGCAAACGUGGGAAUAAAAGAGGCGAUAUGACAAAUACUAGGCAAGAUGCAUUAAGAAUUUAUAAAAAAUAUAUUAUUAAAGAAACAUUGGGUACUAAUCGAAUUCCUGAGGAACUAAAACUAGAAAUAGAAAAAGCUCUUAAGUGUGAAAACAUAGAGCCUAUAUUACGGUGCCUAUCUAACAUUCAAAAUAUUAUAUUUGAUGUUAUAGAAAAGGAAUAUAUUAAUGACUUCCUGCGAAGUGAAUUUCAUUGUAAGCAUCAAAUUGAUGUUCUAACAAGUGGGAAUGUACAAUUAGGGGACAUAUUAUAUAAUGAAACUGCAUUUUUUUAUUUCAUGGAGUUUAUGGAACUCGAAAAUAAACGCGAGCUCUUAGAUUUUUGGAUGGCUGCAAUUAAUUAUAAACAAAAUCUUUUAGAAAAGAAAGAUCCAAUAAACCCUGAGGAAGCUCAGUCUGAUGCUCUUAUUAUAUAUGACAAAUAUUUUAGUUUGCAAGCAACUACGCCACUUGGGUUUAAUGAUAAAAUUCGUUUCGACGUUGAACAAAAUAUUUGCCGCGAGGAUGGAGAGGGACCAUUACCUGAUUGUUUUGAUAAACCUUGUAAAAUUGUAUAUAAAUUUCUCAAUAAGCACUAUUUGCCUACCUUUUUAUCAUCACAGCUGUAUUAUAAAUACUUAUCAGAAUUGAUCAGUACCAUUCAAAGCAAUCCAUGUUCGAGUUAUCAGCUCAGAAUAAAGAGAGCAGGUUCUGACUGCAGCAGUGAAGUGAGCUCUAUCAGUAACAGUAUGCAAAGUACCCUGCAGGCAGGGAACAAUGCCAAUGGAAUACUAUCUAGUACUAGUACUAGUACAAAAACAAGUGCGCACAGUAGUAUGAAUAUCGAUACAAGGCAACUUUAUGAUCCAGAUUCUUUAUGGAGGCGUAACAAAUAUAGAUUAAGUGUUGGCUACAUCGAUUACUUGGGUAGAUUUAUUACAGAAAUAGAACCUGAUCCUUGUAGAAAAUAUGAAUCACGAUUAGCGCGUGCUGUGAAAAGACUCGUAAAUUUGGAGCAAGAUAAGGCAAAAGAAGAACUAGCAUGGAAAAUAGCAGAAAUGAUCAUUCGUGACAUUACAUCUUUGACCUUAGGAGCUACAAAUCUUCCAUCUUGAUGGGAUAUACUUUAUUUAAUAUGAUCUUGAAAAUCAUUUUUGGAGCUUUUUAUAUAUCACAGAUGCUUAAAAGCUUAUAUUUCAAACAAUUAUUUCAUUAUUACUUAUUACAAGUUAAAAAUAUGUAAGUUUGAAAAAAGUGCCAAAAAAAAGUUAAAGAAAAAUUAAGUUAAUUUUUAGUUCGGUUACAAUUUAAGUUUAACAUUUUAUUUCAAACAAUUUCGGAGCACCGUUUAACAAUUUCCAGUUUUCGAAUUAAAUUGUUUGAUAUUAGUAGAUUAUAAAAAUGAAGUUUUAGUAUAUGAAAAUCUUGUGUGUGAUAUAUAUUGCGAUUAGAUAGUAAUAUUUUAGUACAAUUAUUUCACUUCAGUUAUAAAAUAUAAAAAAAAUACGAUAUAUAUAUAUAUCAGAAUCAAAGUAAAUUCAUUGUAUAUAAUGAUAUCUUGCAAAUAUGAAAGUAACAAUUUGAAAAGACAGGAUAGUGUUAUUUACUGCUUUAUAUUUUUUAUUCUUUCUAUAAAUUAUCUCUCGAUUAACAUUUUUUUUUAUAUUUUGUUUUAACUUAACUAUUAAUUUCUUACAAAAUAUGUUAAAAAUUAUGCUACAGUUUAUUUUAUCUUACUAUAUUUUUGAUACAUGUAUCAAAUUUGAUACAGAUAAAACAGCGAAUUAGGAGAAGAUAUUAUGGUAGGAGAAAACAUAAUGGAAAUAAUGAUACAAGUUACACGAGUUUCUCUUUACAAGAAUUUUAAGAAUAUGUACUUGAUAUAAAAUUAUCAGCAAAUGAAGUCAAUGAAAGAUCGUUCAUAUUUGUGAACAAAGCUGUAGAUAUAUUAUGCAAGAGUCGCUGUAGAACGGCACAAAUCAAACCACUUAUGUUCUUAAGUUUAUUGAAUUUAAAUGUGCGUAUAUAUAUAUAUAUAUAUAUAUAUAUAUAUAUAUAUAUAUAUAUACACGUUUUCUUUUUAAAUUAUAAAUAAUACUCCAGUGAUUAUAAGGCAUAAUUAUUAUCAAUUUUUAUUCUCAUAUGAGAUUAUAUAAAAGUAUUAACCUUGAAUCUAUCUAUUAAAUACGUAAUUAUUAAGUAUAUCAUAAAUUAAUUUGCAUAGGGCAUUUUUUUGAACAUUUUUGAUGUUAAUUAUUAUUUAUUUAAACACUUCUUUUUUUAUUGUUGUUUUUUUAUAUUAUAUUACAGAAUAUGAAUUUCUUUCCAUAUUUUAUUGAUACUGAUCUAAUAUUUUAAACGUAAAAAAAUUAAAAAAGAAAGUAAGUUACAUAUUAAUUGCAGCAGUUGAAUGAUAAAAACACGUUUACCUUUUAUUUACGUUCUUCUUUGUCAUGAAUUUGUAUAAUCUGAUAAUUAAUUGAUGAAUAAUAGCGAAUUUUCUUUUACAGUUAAUAGAGAUUACAAAUGUGUUUUGUGCGAUAGCAUAAACAAAGUUAGGAAAUUGUAUAUAUUAAUAUCUGUAAUAUAUAAUAUAAUAUUGAACAACAUAUACACAUAUACAUAUAUAUAGAUAAAGUAAAUCAAGAAUUAGUUUAUUAGAAGUAAAUUGUAGGUUUAUUUUCGCGUAUAUAUAAAACGAGAAAAUUGUACAUUAUGUAUAAGAAAAAAAAAAAAAAAUCAUUAAAAUUGAUAAAAGUAUACCAUAUUUGAAAAUAUACUAUCAUAAAUGAUAAGCUGAUAGAUCAAAAUUGUGAUGUUAAUAAUACAUAUUUACUGCUGCUUGCUGGUUCCUUUUUAUACUAUAUUACUAAACAACUAAUUAUUAAUUUUUUAGAAGCCUGUAAUUCUAGAUA